AUGCUGUCUCACGCCGACCUCCUGGACGCCAGGCUAGGUAUGAAAGAUGCCGCCGAGCUUCUGGGCCACCGGGAGGCGGUGAAGUGUAGGCUGGGCGUGGGGGGCUCCGACCCCGGGGGCCAUCCGGGGGACCUAGCGCCCAACUCCGACCCAGUCGAGGGAGCCACUCUGCUGCCCGGGGAGGACAUCACCACAGUGGGCUCUACGCCGGCCUCUCUGGCGGUGAGCUCAAAGGACCCGGACAAGCAGCCGGGGCCCCAAGGUGGCCCGAACCCCAGCCAAGCAGGUCAGCAGCAGGGCCAACAGAAGCAGAAGCGCCACCGGACGCGCUUCACCCCGGCGCAGCUCAACGAGUUGGAGAGGAGCUUCGCCAAGACUCACUACCCCGACAUCUUCAUGCGCGAGGAGCUGGCGCUGCGUAUCGGGCUGACGGAGUCCCGAGUGCAGGUCUGGUUCCAGAACCGGCGCGCUAAGUGGAAGAAGCGCAAGAAGACCACCAACGUGUUCCGUGCGCCGGGGACGCUGCUGCCCACGCCAGGCCUGCCUCAGUUCCCGUCGGCCGCCGCCGCCGCCGCCGCCGCCAUGGGCGACAGCCUGUGCUCUUUCCAUGCCAACGACACCCGCUGGGCGGCAGCCGCCAUGCCGGGAGUGUCGCAGCUGCCGCUACCGCCGGCGCUGGGCAGGCAGCAAGCCAUGGCACAGUCGCUGUCCCAGUGCAGCCUGGCGGCCGGGCCGCCGCCCAACUCCAUGGGCCUGUCCAACAGCUUGGCGGGCUCCAACGGCGCGGGGCUGCAGUCGCACCUCUACCAGCCUGCCUUUCCCGGCAUGGUGCCCGCCUCCCUCCCCGGCCCCAGCAACGUCUCCGGCUCGCCCCAGCUCUGCAGCUCCCCGGACAGCAGCGACGUGUGGCGGGGCACGAGCAUCGCCUCCCUCCGCCGCAAGGCGCUAGAGCACACAGUCUCCAUGAGCUUCACUUAA